CCACUUAACAGCAGGUGCGCUGUGAGCUCGAGCCAUUUAAGCAAUAAAAAAAAAUACAUACCCUUGUUCAUGUUCAUUUUGUUAAUGAUGCUGGUGUAGUUCUCGUUUAGUAAGACCCGUGACUCCUAUAGCGCGUUCGUUUUCUUUUUUAAUACCGUGCUUGAUUAAAUCUAAUUUAAUUCGAAACACACUAUAGUUCACAUCAAUAGUUCAAUAGACGAUAGCGUGGAAUUAGCGGUCGAGGUUACACGUCAAAAAUUCGCGCGCUAAUCGAUUUCAAUUUUAGACGCGUCGAUGUUUUGGCAAAAAAGAAAUCGUCAUUGAAAGUGUUUUACGCGGAAUCUAAAACGGUAUUCAACCAGUGUUUAUGCCUACCUUAACGCAUUUUACUCUAAAAAAAACCCAGAGGAUCAGCUAUGGUAAACACCACCAAAGAAAGGAUCAUUGUCUGCGUUCGAAAAUGAUACAAAAAAAAGCAGACCGUCCAAAAUAACUCCUCUCGAUGACGUCAUUGGGAUCGCCGGCGUCGGCGCACCACGAGUUUGCAUUCGCCUUGCAUCAGCCAGUAACGCGGCAGCCAUUCGCGACGCCAAACGUUAUAACUGUCUGUGCGAAUUCAAAACAUUCCAAAUUUUGAUAAAAUGACCAAACCAAUACCCUACAACACGUUAUCGUCGACUUCUAGUUUGGGCAAAAAAUGCUGUUACUGCUUUCCACUGAGGAUUGGUUGCUUCAUCCUUGGUUACCUGACCAUGUUCACCAAUGUCUACAAUACCGGGCUGUUGAUUACUUUGACCAAUUACAUUGGAGCUGGUUCCCAUAGCUUCGAUCGCACCACUAGCUUCGAUAGCAUCGACUUGGAAGAGCUCAGCGAACCCACCACUACCUUACAGCCUGCCCAGCAAUCCUCGGAAUCGCCCCUCCUCAGUGGGGUCGGAUUCGUGCUUCUGAUGACGAUAGUAAUAAAUGCUGCAUGGUUGCUUGUCAACAUCGCUUGUGUGGUCGGACUACACAGGAGGCGACCUGGUAACAUCAAGUUCUACGUCCUCUUCGCAGCCUGCCGCCUCGUCCUGGUCUUUGCUGGUUUAGUGUACCUGACAAUGACCAUCACGACUCCGGCCUUAAUGUUACAUGGCUUGGACAUUGCUGUAGCAUCUUACUUCAUCACGGUGUACAAUACCUACGCCAGACAGCUGGAGAAUGAGCCGUAGUAAAUUCAAGCCCGACCUGAAAACCAGAACAGGGACGUCUCAUUCAUCGAUCCUCGCACAAUGGACGACAACAAACUCAUUCUGGCUUAAUUAACUAUUUUUAAUGGCACUGUAACAAAAAAAAGUGUUUUUCUACUACUAUUAUUAAAAUACUGAAUAAAGUAUAAGUAAGACGGAGUAAGUAUAUUACUGUAAUUAAUUUAAUUAAUCACCUUUGUCUGUGAAAAAAAAAAAGAUCUGCUAAGGCUAGGUUUGACUACGAUAGUAGUCGAGUGCAGAGUUAUUUGGAAAUUUAAAUACCUACUCGCUACUGCCCAAAAAAGUGGCAACGUAUCUAAAACGACCAUUCUACAAAAGAAUAAGGCGAAUUUAUGGCGGCUGUUCAGGGAUAAAAACAGCAUAAGAAUUAGCCAGUAAGCUCGAUGCAUUGUGAGGGAACUGCUUCCCCACAAAAAUAGGACUGAUUCUCUUCGACUGACUUAACGAAUCAUUUUUUUCUGUUCAGACAUGUUUGGUUACUAAAUUACUCGCGUAGUCCGAACUAGGCUUGAAGACAGUCGAAAUAAUUAUAAAAAAAAUAUAUAUGUGUUAGUAAGUUAGAGCAUUGACACUGAUUGAUUUGUGUCAAUUUAAAAAUUUACCUCAUGUAUGUACACUUAAUAAAAUAAAUGUAUGGAAAAAAA